AUGAAGAGGGAGGACACGCGGGAGAAGACUGCCGCGGAGGCCAACGCCACGGCCGUGGCCGCGUCGACGAUGGCAGUGGCGAUGGCUGCCGCGUCCGCGGGCAUCCUCGUCAGGCGUACCCUUACCCACCACCUCCGGGCCAUGGACAUCCACCACCACCACCCCAUGGCGUGUACCCACCUCCGCCGCAGGGGAUUUACCCCCCACCUCAACACCCUCCACCGGGGUACCAGGGCUACUUCAACGACCAGCAACGCCCUUACUACCCGCCGCCGCCACCGCAUGGAGAGUAUCAGCAGCAGCACCACCACAACCAUGGAGACCAGGGUAGCUCUAGCUCCUCUGGGUUCCUCAAAGGAUGUUUGGCUGCUCUCUGCUGUUGCUGCCUGCUGGAGGAAUGCUGCGGCUGCUUCUGAGAUGUUAGAUAUCCGCUAA